CUGGUCUAAAAAUGGUUGAUGAGCCAAUGGAAGAGGGAGAAACAGACUCAUGCCGUGAUGAAGGAGUUGUUAAAGAAAUCCCUAUUACUCAUCAUGUUAAGGAAGGAUAUGAGAAAGCAGAUCCUGCACAGUUUGAGUUGCUCAAGGUUCUUGGUCAGGGAUCCUUUGGAAAAGUGUUUCUUGUUAGAAAGAAGACUGGUCCUGAUGCUGGGCAGCUCUAUGCAAUGAAGGUGUUAAAGAAAGCAUCUUUAAAAGUUCGAGACAGAGUUCGGACAAAGAUGGAGAGGGAUAUACUGGUGGAAGUAAAUCAUCCAUUUAUUGUCAAAUUGCACUAUGCUUUUCAGACUGAAGGGAAACUGUAUUUAAUAUUGGAUUUUCUCAGGGGAGGAGAUGUCUUCACAAGAUUGUCCAAAGAGGUUCUGUUUACAGAGGAGGAUGUGAAAUUCUAUCUUGCUGAACUGGCCCUUGCUUUGGAUCAUCUGCACCAAUUAGGAAUUGUAUAUAGAGACCUGAAACCAGAAAACAUUUUACUAGAUGAAGUGGGACAUAUCAAGUUAACAGAGAAUUUUGGACCUGUGUACUUUAAAGAUUUUGGACUCAGCAAGGAGUCAGUAGAUCAAGAAAAGAAGGCCUACUCAUUUUGUGGUACAGUGGAGUAUAUGGCUCCUGAAGUUGUAAAUAGGAGAGGUCAUUCCCAGAGUGCUGAUUGGUGGUCAUAUGGUGUACUUAUGUUUGAAAUGCUUACUGGUACUCUGCCAUUUCAAGGUAAAGACAGAAAUGAGACCAUGAAUAUGAUAUUAAAAGCAAAACUUGGAAUGCCUCAGUUUCUUAGUACUGAAGCACAAAGUCUGCUAAGAAUGUUAUUCAAAAGGAAUCCAGCAAAUAGAUUGGGUUCAGAAGGAGUUGAGGAUAUCAAAAGACAUCUUUUUUUUGCAAAUAUUGACUGGAAUAAAUUAUAUAAAAGAGAAGUUCAACCUCCUUUCAAACCUGCUUCUGGAAAACCUGAUGAUACUUUUUGUUUUGAUCCUGAAUUCACUGCAAAAACACCUAAAGAUUCUCCUGGUUUGCCAGCCAGUGCUAAUGCUCAUCAGCUCUUCAAAGGAUUCAGCUUUGUUGCAACUUCUAUUGCAGAAGAAUAUAAAAUCACUCCAAUCACAAGUGCAAAUGUAUUACCAGUCAUUCAGAUAAAUGGAAAUGCUGCACAGUUUGGUGAAGUAUAUGAAUUGAAAGAGGAUAUUGGUGUUGGCUCCUAUUCUGUUUGCAAGAGAUGCAUACAUACAGCUACCCACAUGGAAUUUGCAGUGAAGAUCAUUGACAAAAGUAAGAGAGAUCCCUCAGAAGAAAUUGAAAUUUUGAUGCGUUAUGGACAACAUCCCAAUAUUAUUUCUCUAAAGGAUGUUUAUGAUGAUGGUAGAUAUGUUUACCUUGUUACGGAUUUAAUGAAAGGAGGAGAGCUACUUGACCGUAUUCUGAAACAAAAAUGUUUCACAGAACGGGAAGCAAGUGAUGUACUGUUUGUAAUAACUAAGACAGUUGACUAUCUUCAUUGUCAAGGAGUUGUUCAUCGUGAUCUUAAGCCUAGUAAUAUUUUGUACAUGGAUGAAUCAGCCAAUGCAGACUCCAUUAGGAUCUGUGAUUUUGGGUUUGCAAAACAGCUUCGAGGAGAAACUGGACUUCUCUUAACUCCAUGCUAUACUGCAAACUUUGUAGCACCUGAGGUUCUUAUGCAACAGGGCUAUGAUGCUGCUUGUGAUAUUUGGAGUCUGGGAGUCCUUUUUUACACAAUGUUGGCUGGCUACACUCCAUUUGCUAAUGGCCCCAAUGAUACUCCUGAAGAGAUACUGCUGCGUAUAGGCAAUGGAAAGUUCUCUUUGAGUGGUGGAAACUGGGACAAUAUUUCAGAUGGAGCAAAGGAUUUGCUUUCCCAUAUGCUACAUAUGGAUCCACAUCAGCGAUACACUACAGAACAAGUAUUAAAACACUCAUGGAUAACCCACAGAGACCAGUUGCCAAAUGAUCAGCACAAUAGAAAUGAUGUAGAGCAUGUCAUUAAGGGAGCAGUGGUUGCCACAUAUUCUGUCCUUACUCAUAAGCCAUUUCAACCAGUUCUGGAGCCUGUUGCUGCUUCAAGCUUAGCUCAGCGACGGAGCAUGAAAAAGCAAACAUCAACUGGCCUGUAAGAUUUAGAGUUCCUCAGCCUAACUGGAUGAAGAGAUAAUUACACAUGUGACUUUCACUUGAUCUUUUAUCAAAGACAUUGUUUUCUGUUACAUUACUUGAAUAUUCUAAGUCUCCUUUUUUUCAGGAGGAAUGAGAUUAAAAAAAAAAAUACAGAGGUCCACAAUAUUCAUACUGUGUUACUUUGCAAGUAUCUCAGUUUUUAUUUAAGUAUGUAAUACUUGUCCACAAGGUACUAACAACUUCUCCGUACACUGGCUUCUAAAGUUCUUUUCAGAGUUACUUGACAGUUGUUCUGGUUUCACAGGGUAAUGGUUUGGGGAAUCAUUACCAACAAUCAAGAAGCAAAUAUAAUGAUAUAAUGCCAAGAAAUAUCAGUAUUUUUUAACAUCAGAGCCUAAAGUAAAGGCUUUUUUAACAACAAAAAAAAGAAAACAAACAUUAUAGAACCUUCUUAUUUUGUAUAACAAAAGAAUUCCAUUCAUUUGACUCUGUAGUUACUAAAAUGUAGAUAUAGUUCAGUGCUAGAACAAAAGAUAUUUGUGCUAGUAUGUGAACUCCUGCUAUAGUUGGUGCCAAUGUUUUUUCACAAGAAUGAAAUCACAGAUAAUUUAUGAAGAGAAACCUAUCAAUUAAUUAUCUGUUAGGGGCUUCAUCUGUAAAGAAAGCUUUCCAUAAAACUUAUAAAAAGCUUACAUCUAAUGGCAAGUAAAGAAUUUUCUAUCCAAAGUACAUGGUGUUGGCACUACCUUGGUGUUAUUUAAGUUGACUUUCAAGUCAACCAGUUAGAUUUAAUCAUCAUUUGUCCCCUAUAUAUAAUGAACCACACUAUUGGUUUUGAUACUUUCAUGUGCUUUAAAUUAAAAUGUAGCAUAUUAAUCUACUUUGAAUGCUAUAGUGAUAUAGUUGAUAUUUUACUGCAAUGAACUUGUGCACUUAGCACACAUGAUGUACUAUUAUGCAUUUUAGGAAACAUUAGACAAUGCUACAUAACUAUACCUCAAAAAGAUAAAAUCACAUUUUAAAUAGAUAAAUUGAUAUUUUAAAUAGGAGUAUUAUUAAUGAGCUACAUAAAAAUUUGAGCACAUUUAAACUCAUUUAUGAAAAUAAUCUGGCCAAAUUGGUCUUACUAUUAAAUUUAUGAUUCAGAACCACUGCACAGUAUGUAUUAUUUUCUCUAAUUGAUGGAAUUUUAAAUAAUCUUUUUGUGUUAUUCAAUAAAAUACCAUUACUAGUAGCUACUACUACUACUAUGACUACUACUACUGACGAAAAGAACUCAUGAAUGUAAACUGGAGGACAUUACAGUUUUGUUUAGUGAAUGUAAGUGAAUUUCUUGUGUGUAGAUGUAUGUUUACUGUGUAUUUGAUUUUGCUUAGUUCAGAGAGAGAAAGUUGAUUACUGAGCGCUAAAGUAUACAGUUUAGGCUAGAAGACUUGUAAUUUCAGUACUUAAUAAAAGAAAGUAUACAUAUUUUCUUUAAAAUGUAAGUGAUAUAUUUUCCAUGCACAAAGAUCUGUGUCUUGGGUGUGAUGUAUAAAAGUAUGUAUACUUCUUCUGUGGUUUCUUUAUGAAAUAACUGAAAGACAUUAAAGAAUACUUAAUGCCACAUGGAAAACAGGACUUAGAAUGAGACUGGUAUUAUCCUGUGGAUUUUCAUGUCCCAAUUUGGCUCUUUCCUCAUUUUGCUUUAUUACUAGAAGUACUUGCAUGUAACAAUUUAUGUCAUAUGUUUUAACUUAUUUUCCUCUGGUCAUUAUCAUGUUUGUGCUGUUUUGCCUUAUCAGAAUUGAUAUAACAAACACAGAAGUAUGAUUUUGGUGUUAACUUUUCAGUCAGAGAUAACUAUUUCCAUGUAUGUUUUUCUAGUAAUAGUAAUAGAAUUCAGGUAAGUGAAAUUGAAAAAUGAAAAAUGAUCAAAAAAUAACUUUCAGGCUUCCCAUAAUAGUUUAAAAAAUAUUUUUCAGUGUGUUUGCUCAUAAAGGUCAUUUCAUACAGUCCUUUCAUAAAAGGAAAAUGAUCAAAAUUAAGUAAUGGGCAGCAUGAUUCUUCAUCACUUAAUGAGGAUAGGCAAUGUAUAAAAGACACAGAUGUAAUAGAGAAUUUACCCAGUAAUUGUGCAAGAUUUUCUGCUGGAAAAUUUAAGCAGGCUAACUUAACAAUAGUAGGACAUAACCUUUUUAUAAAUGAAAGCUUCAGAUUGUAUCCUCAUUUUGUAGAAGGAAUCCAGAUAGAAGGCCUAAUCAUGUCCAUUUAGACUAAAACUCUAGGUCAACAAAUACAUAUGUGAAUGGGACAUUUUUUUUGAUGGGUCUUCCAUAAAUGUUUAACUAGUGAAAACAAAUCCUUUCCAUAAAACUUUAAGAUAUUGUGGUUUCUAAUGAAUUCAUGAGCAGUUAUCUUGCACAUUUUGGAGUUUUGAUUUUCUGGGAGGGAAAAGAUAUUAUACUUAUUUUCUCAAAGGGAAAAUACCAAGUUUGUCCAGAUAGACUAAUAGUAUAUGUCCUAAAGCACAUAUUAUCAUGAAUAUACUCAGGAAACCAUUUUCAAUAAAAUUUAUAGGUAAUGCUGGUGAUUCUGUGAAAACAAAACUGGUUUCAACACUCUCAUAAAAAUUGAACUUUAGCCUAUUUUGUUAGACCCAGGAAUGCCUAAACUCUGAUUUUUUAUAAUUAAUUGCCAUUGGUAAAUAAAUAUAGCAAAUAAAACAUUUUGAUAGCACCUCUUGUUAUCCCUAAGGGAGUUCAUAUACAUAAUAGGCAACAAACUUCACAAGAUGCUUGGUGUUACUAAGUCUCCACUGAAACAGCAUGUUAAAAUGUCCACAGAAACAUGCAUACUAAUUUAAUUGUAUUUACCUGACAGUAAUAGGACCAUCAUAUAUGAAGAAGGAAAAGAACCACUUAUUUUGGCCUUAAGGUCAACUCAAACUUAAGCUUUAAACUAGGCAAAGAAUGUCUUCAGUAUGUUCUACAUUCUCUUGCUCCUCAUUUUACAGCCCCAGUGUGCUAUUUCAUUUCAGUACCUCGCUCAAUGGGUCCAUGAUUAAAAGCUUACCCCACAAAGAUUCUGUGUACCAAAAGGACCUAAUUCCCAACCUCCUCCCUACAUUAGACCUUCCAUUCUCACAGAGCAGCUAUUUCAGAUAAAAAGUUGAGAGGGGAGAUAUCUCAUUAAAUUAAUUCACAUUUUCUGUCAAGGGCUAAUAGAUAAUUGACAUUAUUGUUCAAUGAAUAAGUCCAUUAAUCAAAUGAGUUUCUAGUUGCUUGAGUUUCAGGUAAUUUAGCCAGAUGAAAAUAAUUUUUAAUUUAGUUAUUGCCAGGGAAGAUAUUUUAGGGCAAGGAACUUAAUUAGUAUGCUCCAGAAUCAGGUUAUCAAAUAAAUACAAUAAAUUGCUUCUUUUUUACACAGCUUUGUCUUUUCUACUUCUCAGUCUACAUUUUCGCUUAAAAACAUCAAGUGUUUUAAAUACAAUGAACUUCAAUGACAGAAUGGUAUCGAGGGCAACAGGGAUUUGUGGUCAUUUCUGUAUAUGUUGUUAAGCCCAUAUUUAUCUACAUUCUUGUUUCUCAUAGUACAUGAUCUUAUAACAUGAGGAGUCCCACCCACAAACAUACACUUAUCUGCUAUUCCUGUUGUACUGAUAGAAAAACAAAAGCACAGAAAGACUGAAUGCAAACUAUCAGCAGAGUUUAAGUCUCCAGGUCCUUUGUCUAUGUUUCAGGAUUCAAAGGCCCUAAUUACUCAAUGUUAUUUCUCAAUAAGAAUGCAAGCCAUAUUAACUGUAGAUUGGUCAACUGCAAUUAAACUCGUUUAGAACAAUUCUUACAUUUCAUAGCUUAUUCAGGCAUUUGGGGUAUGUAUCACAAAAUGAAUUACUGCUAAAAUUCAUGUAAAAAUUCCGUAGUGUGCUGUCACCCUUCUUAGGCAAUACUGUAGUGGCGUUGAUAGUGAUUAUUCACAAAUACAUUGUACUUGUGGAUGCACUAUUCCUUGGUUUAGUCUUACAGUAUAUUGAAGUCCAGCAUAUAAUUUGAAUAAAAUGAUAAUGCUUGAUCACCUAAAAUUCAUUUUCCAACACUUAAGGUAUAAUAAAUCCUGAAUUACAGGCAUAAGUUUAUUUGAAAUAUAAAGAAAAACCAAAGGAAAAAUACUUUUUGGAAUACAAAAAUUCAAGCUUGCUUACUUAAAUUAUAUUCCACAAAUUGUUAGCUUAUUGACCAGCAAGGUAGCUAAAUUCUUAGAAGUAAAUAUAUGUGAUUUCCAAAUUUGAAUUUGUUCAGCAUUCACAUUUCUAAACCUGGGACACAAGAUGACUUCAGACAAUUGUUUCAUUCUAAUUGUCUAAUUACAUGAACUAAUUUACUCACAAAAAAGUAUUAAACAUCAAUUUUAUGGGUAACAGUCCUAGAGAAUGUACUAAGUGCAUUAGGUUCUUAAUAAAUUGUUAUAAUGUGACCAAUUAGAUUUAUUUGAUUUUUUCUUUCCUAUCAACUAAUAGCACUCAGAUCAAAUUUGAAUUUUCUUUCCAAGUUCACACUCUCUGAAAGGUAUACCACUUACAGCAAAAAUACUGUGUUGGUUAGAAUGGUAAAAUUAUUUUUAACAUCACAAAUGCAUACUAGCAAGAGACAGCCAUUUUAAAAGUUAUACAUGAAACCUCAACUAAGUGUUCAAAUGCCAGCAGGGUUUGGAAAUGAGACGUUAUCUUCCAGAAAAAUUCUGUAGUACAAAAAAGAAAAGGAAAAUUUAGAUUUUCUGUUUGAUUAACAAAAAUAGGAAACAGUGUCAGUUGUGAAUUACAUAGAUUUAUGUAAAGAGAGCACAGUUUGCUAUAAUCACAAAACAAAAUAUCUUGCCAAUACUUUCUAUCACUUUGGGAUUCCUAGACUUAUUUUCUGAUAUACAGAAUAUGAUAUUGCAUUUCUCAAGAUAUAAAUGGUAUUAAAUAGAAGUUGUAUGUAAAUUUAAUUCAAAUGUACUUAAAAGCUACAGUUGAAAGAAAAGCUCAAUGUUCAAAUAAUUGUAUUUUUCUGACUACAUUAUGGAGUUUAGACAUCAUUUAUUUUAUAUUUUUUUAAAACACUGUUCCUUUUGACAAGGUUUUCAUUGUACUACAUUUUUCAUGUAAGACCAAUUCCAGUAGUGCAUUUUUUAUUGCUCCCCCCUUAUUGCUGCUAAAGAAAUGGCCAUUCUUUUGAAUUUACUACAUGCCAAAGAUGACAUAGAAAUUAUAUUUAUUUUUCUUGUUAAAACUCUAUUACCAUCAUUUAUCAAGAUAUCAUGUUAAAUAACUGGCAUUCAAUGGGUACUAAAUAAAAA